CGACCUAGCUAAUUUGUCCACUUUCUAUACUCAAGUUUAAAUACGUUCAGCCUAGCACAAAUUAAGGAGAAGAGCUAUCUAGCUAAGCAAUAACAAUGGAGGAUGAGGAAAGCAGCUCUAAUCGGCCAUCCAUAGGGUUUCCUUUGGGUUUAGGUCUUCUUUUGAUCAUGUUAUUCUGCAUGGUUGCCUUCUACGCUGCUUGCCUCCAUUGGGACAAACUCAGAUCCCUCCUUCAAUCUUCUCCGGAUGUCACCUCCGAUUUAGAAACGAAUAGCCCCAACUCCCCUCGUAAACCUGCAUCUCCACACAAGAUGCCGAAAAAGGGUGAAAACCGAAGCCUCUCAGUGUUGAUGCCCGGAGAUCAGGUUCCAAAGUUCAUAGCAAUUGCUUGUCCAUGUCGACCUCCACUGCACACAAAAGGCUCAAAUUGGAGUGCACAAGCUGCCUCGCAAAUAUCCGGUCUUCCCCUGACACAACUGCAUGUAUGAAAUUAUAGGCAGGACGCCUUCAGGUUUUUGUAUGGUUCUGACUUCAGAGUCGAGUUUUAUGGCUUUUAAUUCAAGGAUGUCCAUGUCGACAUGGCAUUUCUUGGGCCAUGAACGUGUACAGUUGACAAGUUUCUAUCCCUACUCGCACGGCAAGCCCACACAACAUGAGUACAAGUGUGUUUAUUUGAAAGCAAAUCAUAUCAUGCCGCUAGAUCACGAUUAUCCAUGUACGUUCAUCAUUUAGUAUCUAUGUCCUUGAUGGGUUUGAGGACGGACUAUCAUGAUUCAUGACUCAAUUCUGUCUUUGGAGAUCAGUGGUUGCAUGCAGUUCCCCCCCGCAUCGAUCCCUCUUUCUUGGUUCUCCAUAAUUUGUUUAUUAAGAGAGACUAUUCAGAUGUUAUUUUGAUAACGUCUAGAUAGAUAGUAUUCGUUUCCGUUGUCUCUCCCUUCCCUUUUCCUAUGAAAAAAAAUAUUGCCACUAUAAUUAAGAUCCUGUAAAGUUGUUACUGAAGAAAUUGAAUCACAGGUGUUUGAAGAAAUGUCUCACACACCGUGAGAGCAUAUCGAGACCCAUCUACUAUUUAUAUAGAACAUGAAUAAUUACAGAAA